CUCUCAGUCUGCUCGUGCUCCUCGGGGGGGUCGGUCACUGUGGCACCAGCUCCGACAUUGAACCACUGAACCACUGAACCACCAGCCGGACGCUGCUGCUGCUGCUGCUGCUGCUGACCCGACCCGACCCGACCCGACCCGACCCGACGGGACCCCGUCCUCCUGACCCGUCUCACUCCAGGUUUGAACCCCGGAGACGACAUGAAGCGCUCCCUCGGACUCGUCCUGCUGCUCUGCUGUGGGACGUUUCACCUCGGAUCUGGACUUCGCUGCUACAAGUGCUCGGACUACACCGGGCGCUGCGAGAACGUCCAGGAGUGCACGUACGAGGACUCGUGCAUGUCUCUGAGCGAGCGAGGUGGGAAGACCAUCCGUCAGUGCAUCAGGUACACGGACUGCGACAACUCCCGUCUCACCCAGAUGUUCCCAGCGAUCUCUGGCUUCACGUAUCGAUGCUGCAGCAGCAACUUGUGCAACUCGGGCAACGCCAGCACCGUGGCCAUGCCCGUCCUGGCCCUGCUGGGGGCGCUGCUGAGCGCCUGGUGCUGCGGCCUCUGAUGCCGAGAUGGUUCCUGAUGUUUGUUACAGUUAACAUGAACUAAAGCACUUCCUGUUUAAACAGAUUAAAACCACUUUUUCCACUUUGUUGAGCUAAUUUUUAAAUUUUAUACUUUUACAUACAGUUUAACAAUAAAAACAUAAAUACAAACAAGACACAAUUCAGAUGUUGUUCUAUUUUCUGGAUCAUUCUGGUUUCUUCAUGGUCACAGCUGAUCACACUAAUAAAACCACUUCUUCAUGAAGACAGUA